UGUCAGCCUGGAACUGCCUGGAGUGGGCCGGGCGGGAGCCUGGUGUCCCGGAUCCCGCGACAAUCUUCCUCCCCACUUCCGGGGACGCCACUUUCACUUUCUCUUCCCCCGAAACUGCUCCCCUCCUCCCGACUGACUGGGGCAGGAGUGGAAGGAGUUGAGCUGAAAUCCUGGGCGCCGGGGGGCGCUCCCAGCAGGGAGAAGUGGGGGCCCUACCCGGAGCCUUCCAGCGUCCCGACUGUGCGGUGUCGCCCUCCCACACGCCAGGCCUGUCCUAUUUUUUUGUGUCAUCCCUUGCAGGCUUGACUCGGUGCCCCCUGCCCUUUCACCUCCCACGCAGAGUCCCGGCUUGUCCCCUAUCCCAGACCUGGUCCCCGCCCCCCGGGUCGUGUGAUGCCUGCCGACUGCUGUCGGGGACACCGAGGCACAAAGAAGACUUGGGCCAUGCCAGAGGCCGCUGCCUGGGGCUGAGUUGCUCUUGAUCGCCUGCCCUCUCCCAGGUGACCCGGAGGUACAUUUCCCCGGAGCUGCUGCCCCCGCUUGGGGGGAUGGGCGCAAUCACGCCAGAUGGACGAGAAGACCAAGAAAGCCGAGGAGAUGGCCCUGAGACUCACUCGAGCAGUGGCAGGCGGGGAUGAAAAGGUGGCUGUGCAGUGUGCAAUCUGGUUGGCAGAGCAACGGGUGCCCCUGAAUGUGCAGCUAAAGCCUGAGAUCUCCCCAACACAGGACAUCAGGCUGUGCGUCAGUGUGGAGGAUGCCCAGAUGCACACUGUCACCAUCUGGCUCAUGGUGCGCCCUGACAUGACAGUGGCUUCCCUCAAGGACAUGGUGUUCCUGGACUAUGGCUUCCCGCCAGCCCUGCAGCAGUGGGUGAUUGGUCAGCGGUUGGCCCGGGACCAGGAGACCCUGCACUCCCAUGGGGUACGGCGCAAUGGGGACAGUGCUUACCUCUAUCUGCUGUCAGCCUGCAACACCUCACUCAACCCUCAGGAGCUGCAGCGGGAGCGCCAGUUACGGAUGCUGGAAGAUCUGGGCUUCAAGGACCUCACGCUGCAACCCCGGGGCCCACUGGAGCCGGCGCCCCCGAAGCCUGGGGCCCCCCAGGAGCCAGGGAGGGGGCAGCCUGACACUACGCCUGAGCCCCCGCCGGUGGGUUGGCAGUGCCCAGGCUGCACCUUCAUCAACAAGCCCACACGGCCGGGCUGUGAAAUGUGCUGCCGGGCUCGGCCCGAGGCCUACCAAAUUCCAGCCUCCUACCAGCCUGAUGCAGAGGAGCUAGCACGCAUGGACAGAGAGGCGGAGGCGCUGCGCCAGUACCAGCAGCGGAAGCAGCAGCAGCAGCAGGGGAACUACCUGCAGCACAUCAAGCUGGAUCAGAGGAGCCUGGUGCUGAACGCGGAGCCCACCGAAUGCCCUGUGUGCUACUCUGUGCUGGCGCCUGGCGAGGCGGUGGUGCUGCGGGAGUGUCUUCACGCCUUCUGCAGGGAGUGUCUGCAGGGCACCAUCCGAAACAGCCAGGAGGCCGAGGUUGCCUGCCCCUUCAUUGACAACACCUACUCGUGCUCUGGCAAACUGCUGGAGAGGGAGAUCCGGGCGCUGCUGAGCCCUGAGGAUUACCAGCGGUUUCUGGACCUCGGCGUAUCCAUCGCUGAGAAUCGAAGUGCCUUCAGCUAUCACUGCAAGACACCGGACUGCAAGGGGUGGUGCUUCUUUGAGGAUGACGUCAAUGAGUUCACCUGCCCCGUGUGUUUCCACAUCAACUGCCUGCUCUGCAAGGCCAUCCACGAGCAGAUGAACUGUAAGGAGUAUCAGGACGACCUGGCCUUGCGGGCCCAGAACGAUGUGGCCGCCCGGCAGACGACGGAAAUGCUGAAGUCCAUGCUGCAGCAGGGCGAGGCCAUGCACUGCCCACAGUGCAGGAUUGUGGUGCAGAAGAAGGAUGGGUGCGACUGGAUCCGCUGCACCGUCUGCCACACCGAGAUCUGCUGGGUCACCAAGGGCCCGCGCUGGGGCCCAGGGGCCACAAUGAAAGGAAAUGCCGCCUGUUUCCUGGAAUUCAAAAUGCUGUGGUGCUGGGACCUCCUUUCCUUUUCCCCAUCAAUUCCUUCCGUAUUUGCCAACAGGCUUCAGUGCUUGUGGCAGGAGCAGCCAACGCUGCUGUUCUUUUGUAAAGAUGACAAAGGACGAACUUGCUGUGGGGAAAGACUGGGAAUAUCUGUCACAUCAUUACCUGUGGAUCCUGGAAGAAUUUCCUUUGUCUCGAUGUAUCCACCACUUUCUAGAUUAAUUCAUGCACAUCGAACUCACCCCAGGUGGGACUCGGCUAUGAAGAAUGAUCCAUCACUAUGAGCUUUUUUUGGUUUUAAAGUGCAACUUAGUGUUGACACCUGUCCUAACCUCUCUGGGCUCGCCGGCUGCCCAGCAUGUUAAAUGCCCCCCACUCUGCACAGUGGGUAUGUGGGAAGGAUGUGGAGGGUAGGGUAGAGUGCCUCUGGCAUGUUCACUUUAAGAAAACACCUGUCAAGAGGGAACAGUGCUGGAGACAGACCAGGAAUAUUAAAGUACACAGCUGCUUUAUACUACUUACCCCAAUUCUUUGAAGCAGCAAAAGGCACUUUUAUUUCAAGCCAGAGUUAAUCUAAAACACACCUGGCUUUGCUUACAGGAAAAGUUGUCUGGGAAGGACUGAAAUGAUCCAUCUCGUUCCCUGAGGCUUGGAGAGUCCUCAGGCAGCUUGGGGCAGGGAGCUGGGUGUUCCCGGCUCCUACCACACUAUUCGGGCUGCAGGCUGUCCCUUUCUGGGUGUUAACAAGUUUCCAGUGACAUUUCAUUUCCAACUGAGAAGGAGAGACCAACAGUUGAGAUAAACCAAAAAAACAAAGUCAAGGAGGUGAGUGGGUACCUAUUUGGAAAUAGAUGGGUGAUCUGAGGAAAACAGGAAGGAAAGCUGGACAGGAAGUGGGCACUUUGGAAGUGUGGGGCCAUUUACAAAUAGCAACUCUGGCUAAAAUAAAAUGUUAAAUAAUUGAAUAAAAAGGCCUUGGAAGCUCAUCCUUCUGAUAAGAGCUAUUUUUUUCCAUGAAGGAACUAUUAUUUUUAAAGUGAAGUUACUUCACAUGUUGGGUGUUAUGUAAUUCUAAAAAUAGUAAUAAAAGUGUCUUUUAUAAGCAACUUUGUGUGGCUUGUAGAAUCAAGUAGGUAGGGGGAAAAGCAAAAAAAAAAAAA